UAUUCUGUAUUUAAUUGUGAUCACAUCACCUAGUGUGCUUUGUGAUGGUGUGUGAAUGUUGUAAUUUUUCAGGUUAUGUUCAUAACAACUAAAUACCCGAGUUGUUAGUGCUUGUUUUUGGCCUGUCCGGUUAAAUCGCUACGUGUAUCUUCGUAAAAGAAACGGCUGAGAGUGUAACGUGUUGUCAGGAGCAGUUCGUCAUUGCAGUGAUCUCCUUCAUGUACUUCGUGACUAACGAUAAAAGGCGGACAGUGAAAUUCAAACAUUCGCUACCUUAACUGUAGAACUGAAGCCAUGGACCAGGAGCCAACUAUGUGGAUAAAAAAAGAGGGAACAGAUGAAGUACAAACUGAGUUAUGCUUCAUGGCCCAAGUUUACCCAUUCAGCGUGAAUGUAAAAGAAGAGCUGGAGGAGGAUGCGAAUAAAGAGUUUCUUGAAGACCCAUUAAAGGUUGAUGGCCCUAGUGUUUGGGUAAAGCAAGAUCCCGAACUGCAACCCCAUGCUGCUGGAUCUGAGCAUAAUUCUGUUAAAGAUCCAUUGGGAAUAUCUUGGCGCACUGAUUUUAUCAAGGAGGAUCCUGAAUUAAAUUUGGAAAUGAAUAUAACUGAGAAUAUUGUGCAAACCUCAACAAGAUACGCAUCUGAUAGUGCAAGAUUGACUCAGUGUACUGGAGGGAGCUGUGGGAUAUCAUGUGAAGAAACUUGCCACCAUAGACUGGUCCAGGAUGAGUUGGUGAUAGACAUGAAGUCAACACACGAGUUUGGUACCAAUACAGAAGAUAUGAGUGUUGAUAAGAACUGCACAGUUGCCAUGCGAUAUAACUAUAGUAUGAGGGAAAAGGAAUUACAUGUAUAUAGCUGUAAUUUCUGCCAACAGAGGUUUCCUUCAAAAUACAGAUUCAUAAAGCAUGUGUUUAUGCACAUUGAUGGCAUGCAACCACCUUUGUAUGUUUGUAAGUGGUGUGGUGACGUAUUUGACAGUAAUGUUCGUUUGAAAAAACAUUUGAGAAUGAGUGAGAAUAAUCAUGUCUUAACUACUGGCAACCAUGAAAAAUAUGGCUAUAGUGAUGAGCAUCAAAGCAGUAUCUUCUCGGAUAGUGAGCCAGAAGUUUCUGUCACAGAACACAAGCUGAAUUCAUACAAGAAAUCAUGGAAAGCUGUAAACAGGUCUGCUAGUGACAUAGGUAACACACAUAUGACAAGUGAUACAGAGGAAACAAAUCAUUUUGGAACUUUAUCUACAACUGUUAAUGUCUGUUCCCAGGGUGAUCGACUUACUGCAAACAGAACCCACAAAUGUGACAUUUGUGGCAAAUCUUUUGCUGGGGCAGGCAAACUCAAGAAACAUGGAUUACUUCACACUGGAAAGAAACCUCACAAAUGCGAUAUUUGUGGAAAAUCUUUUGCUUUCCCAUGCGAUGUCAAGAAACACAUAUUACUUCACACUGGAAAAAAACCUCACAAAUGUGAGAUUUGUGACAAAUCGUUUGCCCAGUCAGGUUAUCUCAAGAAACACGCAUUAGUUCACACUGGGAAGAAACCUCACAAAUGUGUGACUUGUGGGAAAUCUUUUGCUUUCCCAAGCGAUGUCAAGAAACAUAUAUUACUUCACACUGGAAAAAAACCUCAUAAAUGUGAGAUUUGUGGGAAAUCUUUUGUCUGGACAAGCAGUCUCAAGGCACACAAAUUAAUUCAUACAGGAAAGAAACCCCACAAAUGUGAGAUUUGUGGGAAAUCUUUUGCUUUCUCAAACCACCUCAAGAAACAUGUAUUACUUCACACUGGAAAUAAACCUCAUAAAUGUGGAAUUUGUGGGAAAUCUUUUGGUUUCUCAAGCAAUCUCAGGAAACAUGUAUUACUUCACACUGGAAAAAAACCGCACAAAUGUGUGAUUUGUGACAAAUCGUUUGCCCAGUCAGGUUAUCUCAAGAAACAUGCAUUAGUUCACACUGGAAAGAAACCUCACAAAUGUGUGACUUGUGGGAAAUCUUUUGCUUUCUCAAACGAUCUCAAGAAACAUAUGUUACUUCACACUGGAAAAAAACCUCACAAAUGUGAGAUUUGUGACAAAUCGUUUGCCCAGUCAAGUUAUCUCAAGAAACAUUUAUUAAUUCACACUGGAAAGAAACCUCUCAAAUGUGAUAUUUGUAACAGAAGUUUCACUCAAUUGGGUACUCUCAAGACACAUGCAUUACUUCACAUCAGAAAGAAACUACAAGUAAGUGUUAGUUCAUGUAAAUAGGUUUUCCUGGUCGGUGCCCUCAAGGCCUGUAAAAUAAUGGAUGAAGCAAGGGGACCAUAAAUUGUAAUGCCAGUGAAAUAACGUAAAAAUGUGGUAUAAUUGUGAAACAAUGUGCAGUAAUAUGUACUACAGAGUGGUAACAGAUAAUGUGACAAUAUAAAAAUCUAUAUCUGCAGCUUGAGAUGUCAAGAAACUGUAUUACUAAAUACUCAAGAAACAUGAAUCAAAUGUGUUUCUGUCAUUAACACUGCUGUUUUUUCGUAUCAGUCUUGAGACAAGAAGAUUGUGUAUUGUGAUAAAUCCAUAUGUUUGUUAGUAAUCAUACGUACCA